AUGCUCACCUCAAACCUAACAGUGCCACGGCACUUCAUUCUCACGGGGGUCACAAGGUUGCCUGAACUGCAGCACCCACUUUUCGGGAUUUUUCUCUUCAUCUACACAGUCACAGUGCUGGGUAACUUAGUCAUGAUCAUUCUGACCAAACUGGAUUCCCACCUGCGCACACCGAUGUAUUUUUUUAUCAGACACCUGGCUAUCAUUGAUCUUGGGAAUUCCACUACCAUCUGUCCCAAGAUGCUGGUUAAUUUUGUUGUGCUUCAGAAUACCAUUUCCUAUCACGCUUGUGCCACCCAGAUGGCCUUCUUCAUUUUGUUCAUUGUCAGUGAAUUUUCAAUCUUGCCAGCCAUGGCCUACGACCGCUAUGUGGCCAUCUGCAACCCGCUACUCUACAAUGUCAUCAUGUCCCAGAGACGCUGCCACAUGCUGGUGGGCAUUCUGUACCUCUACAGCACCUUUCACGCUCUGCUGUUCCCUAUUAAGUAUUUUACUUCGACCUUCUGUGGCUCAAACACCAUCAGCCACUUCUACUGUGAUGUUGUCCUGUUGUCACCUAUGCUCUGUUCACAUGUGCAAGAAAUGGAGUUGCUGACCAUACUGUUGUCAGCAUUCAAUUUGAUCUCCUCUCUCCUGGCUGUUCUUCUCUCCUACAUGCUGAUUCUCCUAGCCAUAUGUCGGAUGCGUUCUGCAGAAGGGAGGAAGAAGGCGUUCUCCACAUGUGGCUCCCAUCUGACCGUGGUGGCCAUCUUCUAUGGGACUCUUCUCUUCAUGUAUGUGCAGCCCAAGUCCUCUCACUCCUUUGAAACUGAUAAACUGGCCUCUGUGUUUUACACUCUAGUGAUCCCCAUGCUGAAUCCCUUGAUCUAUAGCUUUAGGAACAAAGAUGUACAAAAUGCCUUCCACAGGGUUUUGAAACAUAGAUGAAAGCUGUGA